AUGAGUCCCAUAAGUGCAUCACGCAGUCAUGGUACGAAUGAUAUCGAUUGCUCUAAUAGGAGCAAAAGAGAUGCCCAUCAUAAAAAUGGGAAAAGUAAAGCUAUCGUACAACCUCUACGUCGAGGAGAUGCUUGCCUAAUGUGUCGAGCCAAAAAGCUUAAAUGUUCCGCUCAGAAGCCGAUGUGUGAUCAAUGUGCAAAACGGAAAGACCGAUGUGUGUACGAUGCCGCUCGUCCAGCUUCUCGAGUGGAGCAGUUAGAAAGAAAGUUGGCUGAAAUGGACGAAGCGGACUUCCGAGAAGCCUUAGCCCGAAGAACUUCUCUCGGACUAAGUGGCUUCGACUCUCCCACCAAAAAUCUUUCAUUUUCUUCCGCUCAAGCCCUUGGACAAGAUAAUGGCAUGCCGUCUUUUUCAGGGUAUGACAUGAUGGACCCAGUUUCCACGCAGGUAAGGCAGCCUGCUGAAUUACCAGCCAGUCCGACUUCUGUCGCGCACAUACUCAAUGUGGAUACCGAGCCGCUGGUCGACAUCAACGAUAUACUUCCUUCACUCUUUUCCUGGCCUAACAUAUUAGGCACUACCUCACAAAUAGAUCACUAUGGUUCUGAAAGCUCAAACAUCCCCCACUACGCUCAAAGCCACAAUCAGCUAUUCUGGCCUUUCUUAGGUGGUGCGACUUCCGAUUCCUUCCUUUUCUCGGGAUCAUCAUCCAAUGAAGGUAUAUAUGAUAAUUCUAUUAUCUCGACUGCAAGUACUUCCGCAGCAUCCUCUAGAUCUCAAUCACAGGAACUCGUUGCAUCCUAUAUCUCACCGCAGCACGCCAACGUCUCGCCUUCGAUACCAGAGCUUAGCAAUCUCACCUUCUCGACAUCAGACGAGACGAAUACUUUAGAUAUUAGCGCCAGAUGUCACACUCCUCGACCUGAACCUCGUUCUCUGACAUCAGAUCAACAGAUUGAUAGCACAAUAAGUCAGGGUGGAACGGAGAUGAAUCAGGCUGCUGGUUCUCAAUUCCCUACAGCUCUGGAAGUAGUGGAGAGCGUGACCCGGCUAAAGAAGGCAGCAGAUCUGAACGCUCAAAUCAUUGGCGAAAGGGAACUUUGUGAAGCUGCUAGAGGUUAUCUGCUGGAUCUGUUCUUCAGUCCCCAUCGUCAUAUAACGGAAUGUGGGUCCGAAUUUCUCAGCAAAGAAGAAUUCAUUACUCGCUUGUCUUUACCUGAAGGUCAAAGUCCACAUCCAUGUUUACAGUUCUCGAUGUACACCGUCGCUUCUUCGAGCUCUUAUGUCCCCUCGAUUCGAAGGCUGGCUGAACCGUUAUUCCAGAUGACGAUCUCCAAGCUCGAUGAAGCCAUUCGGAAGCAAGACAGAUUACUGGAUGCUAUCAAGGCUUCCAAGACCUUGUCAAAAUGGCUUUUCGCACAAUCGAGGCCAUUAGAAGGAUACCUGUACUCCAACAAAUCCGUAUCAUUAUGUAUGGCGUGUGGACUACAUCAAAUUCCUUCUUCUGUCUACUCGGUCCAGCAACAUCAAGCGAAACCGGUCAAAACAAAUACAUUACUGAGCCCACCUCAGAAUCAGCAGGAACUUGGAGAACGUAUUCAUUCCUUCUGGUCGACAUGGGGUAAUGAAAGAGGUGGAAGUCUCACUCAUCAUUGGCCGUCUGCUAUUGAAGAUGAGUCUAUUACCACGCCCUUACCCAGACCAAAGGAAGAUUAUCAUAAUCUUGAAAUCAUGAUGAGUCAGCCGGAUAUCACUUUGAGAGAUUUAUACAACCUUCCAUAUCAGGAGAAGGCUACUCCCCUCAGAUCUCUCUAUGCCUACUUACUCGUCUCCGAGCACUUAAACUAUCGAGCCACGAAACUUGCUGCACAAUCGCCUGCAGGGAUUUCUUCCUCUUAUCGAUUUCUUGCUCAACUUGGAUCACAUUCAACCGCUUCUGUACCCAGAGAACAUUAUCCAGCUGCUUAUAAAGAGAUAAUGGACACUUCGUACUGGUUGGAAAAUAAUAUGCCUGAAGACUGGAAAUUUCAAUUUCUACAUGACCCAAGUUGGAUAGAACCUGAUAUUCCUAUCAUAGGAUUAUGUCUUAAAGCAUCUCGAAUGCAUUUACACCCAAUCCAAUCUGAAAUCGAUAGACCUAUAGGGUUAAAUAUAGCUUUUGAAUGUUCUUCUAUAAUCAAGUCAAUUAUAUCAUAUUCUCAAGCACAAUCUUCACUUCCAACUUCUCCUUCGCCUGAAUCGAAUACGAAUUCCCCAAGUACGAAUGUGAACCAGGAUGCUGAGAGUCUUGACUCCAAAAUACGUUCGACAAGGGAUAAUGAUGGAUUAAGUGGUCCAUAUGCAUUAACUCCAUCAUUUGGUGUGGUUAAAAAGUUGCUUGAGGGAUAUCAAGUUUUCAAAGGUCUGGGAAGAUUAGACGAAGCUACAAGAUGUAAAAUUGAAGCUCAGAGUAUAUACGACGGAUUCAAAUCACUGAAUACCAAUCGCUCCCUACUUCUUAAUCAUAUAAAACAGCUCGAGGAGCUGUUCGAUAUGUAA